AUGGUGUUGCUCCUGCUCCUGCUGCUCUUGUUGCUGCUUCUGCUGCCCCACGCAGCCUAUGGGGUGCUGAAGGCAAAGUGCCCACUGAAUCUGAAGGAAGAUCGAAUAGGUGAAUUAAAUUAUUACAGCCCUGGAGACCACAUCAUUAGCGGGCUCCUCUCAACAACUGGAGCGUCAUUCUUACCCACGCAUGUCCGUUUCUACAGGGCUCCCUACGUCUUCCUGCUCCCGCUUGAAAAUUCAAAGUUCUGGCACCUCCUGUCCUUCAUGUUCAGCGUUCAUGAGAUCAAUCGGAAUCCCAGGCUCUUGCCCAACAUUACUCUGGGCUACAACAUCUAUGAGACCUUGUCCAGUGAAAGGCUGACCUACGACGCCAUGUUAGAUCUGACAUCUGUGGAAUGGAAGAACGUCCCCAACUACCACUGUGGAGGUCAGAAUAAUCCAUUGGCUGUUCUUGAAGGAGCGACCACUGACAUCUCUAACUACAUUUCCAGCAUAUUGAGCAUCUACAAAAUCCCACAGGUCGCUUAUGGAUCUGAUGAGCAGAAAACUGAUGAUAAAACUCAGUUAUCAAUUUUCUACCUGAGAAAUGCCAAAGAGAAUACUUAUUUUCUGGGGGUUAUCAAACUGCUCUUGCACUUCAGGUGGACAUGGACUGGUCUGAUUGCUUCAGACACCGAGGAUGGAGUGAAGUUCACAAGUACCAUGGUACCUUUGAUGACCAGUAGAGGUAUUUGUGUCGCCUUCUCACACAACAUCGAAGGAGGGAAAGCAUUUAUUGCAGUGAUGGUAGCAGAAGUGGAAGAUAUUGCUUUAUCCGUGAACCUGACAAAAAUUAAUGUAUUGGUUUUGUAUGGAGACUUUACCUUCUUGUUUUUUUUCACAUACAUGAAGAAAGCAAUUGAUAACACCAUGAAUUCCAUUGCGGGAAAAGUUUGGAUCACAAUGUCUUUGCAGAUCAUCAGUGCACAUAAAGAUUUGCAUGGCUCGUUGUCUGUAAUCCAGACAAGAAAAAGGCAAACACGUCACAACUCUGACACGCUUUUCACUCGUACAAAGCAGUUUGGGGAGAAAGCUUUUAAUUGCUCAUAUUCCAAAUAUGUGCAGUCUGCGAAAGGCCGGGAGAGAUGUGCCGAGAAGGAUAAAAUGGAAACUCCAACCCAGGAUGUGCUUGAAAGAGUCCUGUAUGAUGGCCACGAUAUUUAUGUUGCUCUUCAGGCUGUGGCUCGUGCCUUACAAUCUGCAUACAAAUCCAGGAAAAGUCCACUAAUGGUGGGAGGAGGAGACAAACUGGAACGUCAAAGGGUGCAGUCGUGGCAACUUUAUCCUUUCCUGAGGAACCUCCAAUUUUACAAUACUUCUGUGGAGGGGAACAGGGACCCAGAAGAAGACCUUGACAUUGUAAAUUGGGUGGUGUUUGCCAACAAAUCCUGUGGUGGAGUAAAAGUUGGCAGUAUAGAGAAACCAGCAUCCACAUCUUUGAAGGUCUCCAUUGAUCUCGAUGCCAUAGUGUGGCCCCGUGGGUAUAAUCAGACCCUGCCCCAAUCCAGGUGUACCAAGAGCUGUUCACCAGGAUCCAUGAAACUGAUUGUGAAAGAAAAGCCGGUGUGCUGCUACGCUUGUGUUCCAUGUAAGGAAGGAACCAUUUCUGUUCAGGAAGAUUCAGACCGCUGCAACAAGUGUCCAGAAGAUCAGUAUCCGAACAAGGACCGGACUCAAUGUGUCCCCAAGGCUAUAACUUUCCUGUCCUAUCAGGAACCUUUGGGGAUCAGCUUGGUUUUCUUUGCCCUGCUGUUGGUCAUAACUACAUGUUUUGUGCUGGGAAUCUUCAUCAAAUACCUGGAUACUCCAAUAGUCAAAGCCAACAACCGGGACCUCACCUACGUUCUCCUCAUCUCCCUCCUGCUUUCCUUUCUGUCCUCCCUUCUAUUCAUUGGGCAGCCAAGGAAGGUGACCUGCCUUCUCCGACAAACCACCUUCAGCAUCAUCUUCUCGGUUGCUGUCUCUUCUGUGUUGGCCAAAACCAUCACUGUGGUGGUGGCCUUCAUGGCGACUAAGCCGGGAAACAGGAUGAGGAAAUGGCUGGGGAAGAGCUUGGCAAACUCCAUUGUUCUUUCUUGUUCUGUUGUGCAAGUCGGCCUGUGCGUCAUCUGGCUUGGGAUCUCUCCCCCCUUCCCAGACUCUGACAUGCACUCCCAGCCUGGUCAGAUCACCCUGCAAUGCAAUGAAGGGUCUCUGGCCAUGUUUUAUGGUGCCCUGGGCUACAUGGGCUUCCUGGCAGCCAUCUCCUUUGUGGUGGCUUUCCUGGCCAGGAAGCUUCCAGGGGCCUUCAAUGAAGCCAAGCUGAUCACCUUCAGCAUGCUGGUCUUUUGCAGUGUUUGGGUGUCCUUUGUGCCCACCUACCUGAGCACGAAGGGGAAAUACAUGGUAGCCGUGCAGAUCUUCUCCAUCUUGGCUUCCAGUACUGGAUUACUGGGCUGCAUCUUCUUCCUCAAAUGCUACAUUAUUAUAGUGAGGCCUGAUUUGAAUACCAAGGAGCAUCUAAUGAUGAAAUCUGAGGAUGGCAUCUGA